GUCUCCUGUGAGGGACAGACUGCUGUCUAUAUGAUGUCUCUUCGUGCACACAGAGGUCACUUGAGUUAUUAUUCAUAUGCUUCACCAAUGAUGGAAAAGAGUGUUUACGCAUUCUGGGCAACUGGAAAUGAUCUCACUGGCUGCUUUUGGGAAGAUUAUGAUCAGGCAGGUGCUCGUGAGUGAUGUGCGUUUGUGGGGGAGGGUGUCACAGGGGGCACUUGAGUGGGUUGGUCACCGCUCAGGUGUUUUUGUUGUUGUUGUUGUUGUUAUUGUUGCUUUCAUUGGACUUUGGACCUGCGAGGGUUUGACCUGCUGCUGAGGAGGACGGUGGAAUAAAGAGCAAAGGCCAAAUGUGAGGGGGUUCACGCGUAUAAAUAGACGAUCCCUUUUUUUAUGUGCGUGUGCGUGCGUGCAGCUGUUUGUGUGUGUGUGUGCGUGUGUGUGUGUGUGUUGGGAAGGAUUUGUUUUAUUCUGAAAAUGCGACACUCAUACCUGCCGCUGAAACAGCGACAGCCCAGAAGAGCCGCAGGCGCUCCGAUGCUAAUGUUGUCGGGGGCUUUGACUUCUCCCAGCCAUUGCGAGGAAGCAGCUCCGUGUGACAGCCUCGGCGCCGCUCUCCCCCCGGUGUUCGCUCUCACGCCUCUCACGCGCGUCGGAAAACAGCCCACCGCGUCCUCUCCGGUGCCCCGAACGCCCGAACGCCCGCGCGCCGCAAUGGACGAGACGGACAUCAUGGACCUAACGCAUCAGAAAGCGAGGAAGCGACCGCGUCCAAUCAGUUCCGCGGACGAGUCCGUGCACGCUGCCCUCAAACGGCUGCCGAUGCGAGCGGCGGAGUGCCGGGAGCCCUCGCUCAUGUACGCGGUCAGAGGAGAGCCGGUUCACGCAGCGUCUCUCAAGCAAAAUGACCACUCGUUGACCUCCUCUCCGAACAAUGUGAUGCCGGCGCAGUGUUCAAAUCAAGAGCCAUUAUUGCUCAUUUCCACGAGAUUGAUGCCCCAAAUUAAUUUGGUUUUGGAGAUAAUGGCCCGCAGGAGCGGGUGCUCGUGGAUUUUUGGCAACAUCCAGGUCAAGGAUCAUCGCUCCAGCAUGUCCCGGCCCAUGAUCACUCGAUCACCGGUGUCUCCCUUGAGCAACCAGGGCAUCCCAACAGCUGCACAGCUCACCAAGUCCAACGCGCCCGUGCACAUUGAUGUGGGCGGGCACAUGUACACCAGCAGUCUGGCCACCUUGACAAAAUUCCCUGAAUCCCGAAUUGGUCGUCUCUUUGAUGGCACAGAGCCUAUAGUCCUGGACAGCCUGAAGCAGCACUACUUCAUUGACAGGGAUGGACACAUGUUCCGCUACAUCCUCAACUUCCUCAGGACGUCCAAGCUCCUCAUCCCAGACGACUUCAAAGACUACAGCCUGCUGUACGAGGAGGCGCGAUACUUCCAGCUGCAGCCCAUGCUGGCGGAGCUGGAGAGCUGGCGCCAGGACCAGGAGCUGAGCCGGGUGUCGCGCCCCUGCGAGUGUUUGGUGGUGCGCGUGGCGCCCGACCUGGGCGAGAGGAUCACGCUCAGCGGCGACAAGGCCCUGAUUGAAGACGUGUUUCCAGAGAUCGGCGACGUCAUGUGCAACUCUGUCAACGCCGGCUGGAACCACGACUCCACGCACGUCAUCCGCUUCCCACUCAAUGGGUACUGCCACCUCAACUCUGUCCAGGUUCUAGAGCGCCUCCAGCAACGCGGCUUUGAGAUAGUCGGCUCCUGCGGCGGAGGCGUGGACUCGUCCCAGUUCAGCGAGUAUGUCCUGAGGAGGGAGCUGAGGAGGACGAGUCAGCGAGGCUCCAAUUCAAACAGGAUAAAGCAGGAGCAGCUGGACUAGAAGCCUCCCGAGCAGCAGGAGGCGCUAGACUUUUUCCGUGGCGGUCAAGAGCUCGACGCUGCAGAGCUCUGUGGACUCUGUUCUUUCUUCGUUACCUUGUUGAUGUUUUUGUUUUCUUAAACUUGAGAACCAUCUAGAGAAUUUAAAAAAAAAAAAAUGAGGUGCAACAGGAGAUUUCUUUGCCAUAAGAAGAUACAAGACAUUUGAUAAGUUUGAGAUUGCAAGGACAUUUGUGAAUGUCGAGCCCCCAUAAACCAAUUAAUAAAGGAUUUAUAUACGCUGGAUCCCCAAACAAAGUUUGUUUUAAAACUUGGAGCCUACAUUAGGUUGAAUAUGAUUUCUAUUAUAGCCAUAUAAAUUAAAUAAAAGGCUUUUAUUGCUCUCGUAGUAUCUUGCAUAGCUUGUCACAGUGACUUGAUUUUGAUGUCUCACUGGCAAAUUGGCUAAGUCUGUUUUUACCCCUCGCUGUAAAAAGGUCACUAAUGUGUUGCUUACAGUACAGAAUGUCUCAGUUGUCAUAAACAGUUAGUUUCAACAAAGCAUCUUUUUUCACAAUUAACAUGAUGUUGAAUAUUGUCAUACCAAUGAAGUGUUUUCUUUGUUUUUUUUUGUUUUUUUUUACUUUAAUGGAAGUUAUUUUAUUGGAUUAUGCCAUGAAAUAGUUGAAAUUAGUAUCGUCAAAAUAAAACGUGCCGGACCAUUCUGUACGCAGUAAAGAAAAUACUUUAGUAAAUUAUAAGUUCACACCAUUUGCCUCAUUGGGGAGUAUGAACCACUCGCCCCCAUGUGCUACCUUUGGGAUUAUUGAAUUGGAUCAUAAUAUUCACAAUAGAGUCAUGACCUGUAAAUUUGAUCAUUGUGUAUGUGUUAGUGUUUUUUACAUUGAAUCUUUUUAAAGCAAAUUUGUUCCCCUCAGACGUUACUCAACAGAUUAUUGUACCACCCACUCCAAGAUCACUUUUACUUGUAGCACAUAUGGAUAUGAAGUUGGAUAUAAAGUAUUUCUAACAUGACUGACCAACCUACGCUCCCUAGAUUUGAGUAAAGAGGAAUGUAGCAAAAAAAAAAAGAACAA